CUUUCCUCAACCACAGAACGAAUGUCGGAACCAAGAAAUUAAACUUCUUUUUCUUUCCUUUAAAAUUUUCUUUUUCUCUCUAUUCCUCCCUUUUAUCAUUCUUUUUUUUUUUUUCUUUAUUUUGCGUGAGCUAAUAAAGAUUCUAGGGAAAAUUUCUGUGACAGGGAGGGGAAGAAAGAAAGAAAUAGAGAGAGAAAGAAAGAAUUUUUGGACGACAUGGGAGCCUGCGCGACCAAGCCGAAGGUUUUAAAGGAUGAUGCACAAGCUCCGGUGCCGUCUCCUGAGACGGCGGCAGAGGAGGUGGUUCCCCAGGUCAAUAAGAAGGAGAAACAAUCGGUUCCUGUUAUAGACGAGGUGAAAGAUAAAAAGGUUGUUGAGAGUGAAGGUGAUGAUAGGAUCAAGGAGAUCGUUGAUGAUGACAAGGCUGAAGAUCACAGUACCAAGCGACGAUCUCUCAGUCACUUCUUCAAGGAGAGUGAAGAUGUGAAGGAGUCAGCUGAAAGUGUGAAAGCACCAGAAGAACCAGUGAAACCAGAAUCAUCAGUGACUGAAAAACCCAAGGGGCCAACGGUCCUAGAACGAUCAGUGACUUUAAUUAAUCCUGCAGAGCCAGUAACAGUUGAAACACCACUUACCAAAGAAUCUGUGGAGCCAGCGAAAGAAGAGCAAUUAGGGAGUGAACCUGCAGUGUCACUGAAACAAGGACUCUCAACAGCUGAAAAAGCUAGGGAGCCAGAGAAAGGAGAGCAAAAAGUGACAGAAAAGCCAGUGGAGCCAUUGAAACAAGAACCUUUAGCAACUGAAAAAUCUGCGGAGGUUUCAGAAACCAAGUUACCAGAAGCUAAAAAAUCUGAAAUCCCAGUUGAACCAAACCCCCGUCUAUCUGUUGCUGGUGGACCUGUAAAGGUGGUAGCAGAGAAAGUAAUUGGAGCCACGUCUGCAGCAGUAGAUCCCAAAACCAGCACUGGAACAACUGUGGAGAAAAAAUCUGAAGAAAUUAAGGACUUGACGCUUGACAAUAAAGCCUAAAAAUAUGAUUUAUGAAUCUCCUCUCACAUGGAUACCGAAGGGUUUAGCUAAAGAGAUGAUUGCCAAAACCAUGUACUUCGGCUGCUACUUUUUGGGAGUUUAUUAAUCGUUUCAUAUAAAUUAUAUUUUUUUUGAUUUU